AAACCCUUCUUGUGCUCAGUCCACUUUAAGCCAGCCACGGAAAAUCAUAUAUCAACCGAGCCCGUGGCGUACAUAUGUACAAUUUAAGGCACGCAGGAUACCAUAAAUAACUAAAAGUGCCUGUACCCUUAAAUACAACCCUUCCUUCUUCAUCCACCUGUGUAAAAUAUUCAAAUCACCUCUCCAGAAAUUUAACAAGCUAACGGGAUUCUAAUUCCACUUCAGAAAGUUGUAAUGUGACUAAAGUUACAGGAUUUUCAAGUUUUUACAUACCUACCCAAAUCGAUUACGCUACGUGAUAUUUGAUAUUCGAUCGGAAUUUGUCAGUGAGAAAACAAAAUACAAUACAUAUUAUUUUUAGUUUUGGUUCAUUAGUUUUGGUUUCGUGGGUGCAUUAAAAUAAGUGAUUGAUCGAUCCAUCCUCCACUAAUUUCUCUGCUACACGGACGGAACGGAUUACGGAUUAGGUGACACUUUUACACACAACAAUUCAUCAUCAGAUAAAAAAAAAUUGAGACAAAUGUGGACAAGAAGGACGAAGUGAGAGAGAGAAAAUCUAUAAAAAAUAUGCCACUUUCACUUCACCGGAGAAAGCAAAAAUCUCCACGGGCAGAGAUGACCCCGCGUGAAAGUUCUGUACUAACCUCCCCAGCAGAAACUGACGCCACGCAUCUUCUCCCCGACCCCACGACGAAUCGCUUCACCGGAUCAGAUUAUUGCCAUACGGAGGGAUCAACAAAUCCCCCACAACAAGAAGAAGACUAUUCCUCCCACCAACACGAGACUGAUGACCACACCAAUAGAAAAAUUAAGACAAGUUGUUUUCACCUCAAAGAUAGGAAUAAUUGGUGGAAAAUUGGGGGAACUAGGACCAUGAGAUGGAUUGUCUUAGCAGUCGUUUUACAUAACUCGGUCAUCGUGCGGGCUGGAGAGGUGACCUCGGCAUCGCAACAAGGGGGCAACAACUGGGAGCGGCCGGGCGUCAUGCCAAAAAUUGCGCAUUUGGAGGUCAUGUGUGGCAAUUCGCAUAUGGAGGUUCAUCUCUCCUUUGACAAACCAUUCCACGGUCUGGUCACCUCUAAAGGAAUGUAUGGUCAGGGCGACUGCAUCUACGUCCCCCCAAGGACUGGAAAAUCUCAGUUCGUAUUCAACAUUUACUACGACAAGUGUGGCACAAAGCCGGACAAUCAUGGAAAAUUUUACGAGAACACUAUCGUAGUUCAAUACGAUGAGGAACUUAUCGAAGCAUGGGACGAGGCGAAACGGCUACGAUGCGAAUGGUUCAAUGAUUACGAGAAGACAGCGACCAAAACGAGCCCCAUGGUCAUUUCCGACCUGGACAUUGUCGAACUCAACUUUCACGGCGACAAUGUCGACUGCUGGAUGGAAAUCCAGGAAGGAAAGGGACCUUGGGCGGCUCCCUUAAAUGGAAUCGCCCCACUCGGGUCACCACUCACAAUGGUCAUCGCAGUCAAGGACCCGUCAGGCGAAUUCGACAUGCGUGUGAAAGACUGUGAAGCCUCCGACGGGUCCGGUGCGGGUCGAACUUUGCCCCUCUCCGACCCUGAGGGAUGCAUCAUGCGGCCAAAACUUCUCGGAAAAUUCUCCAAAGUCAAACUUGACGAUGGGCGAGCCACAGUUCUGACCUACGCGUUCAUCUCUGCCUUCAAGUUUCCCGAUAUGCUUAACGUCCACCUCCGCUGCACCGUUGAAAUCUGUCGCCACGGGUGUCCUGAUCAUUGCACUAGCGCAAAUGCAAAUCAGAUCGCGGCGGCGUCUGCCUCCGAACCCGUUGCGGCUGGGUCGAUCGACACCGUGAGUAAGGUCGUGGCUCCUCCACCGCCACCACCAUCACAAAAACCUGACUCCGAUUCGAACGAAUCUUCAGGCGAAAGGAAACCGGAAGUCCAACAUCAACACCACCGUUUUCCGACGCAACAGCAAAUCCUCCACUCGGGUGAAAUGUUUGGGGCGAAUGUUCCUCCCCAAAUGAGACCUCCACCGCCACUCCCACAAUUCGGGGGCAGACCGCAGAGAGCACCCAGACCGGAAAUUAUGAGGAAUCCGUUCCAGGCCAAGUUUCCCAUGGGGUUGAUGAGACCGAGGGGACCGGAUAAUUUGCAUCAUCACAGAUUCCCACCAGGACCUCCUCCACCCAACCCACGCUUUACGGGGACGAUAAAGCACACAAUUCCAAUUCCUCCUCCGAUGCAGGGUGAACUUCGCAAUCACAACGUUGACGAACAGCAGACGCGCCACGAACAGAACACGCUUUUGGAGAACAUGCUCCUCAAACCGGAACCCAAGAAGGAUGACGAUGAACCGGAAGUCAGGCUGAGUGAGAGGAGUGGAGAACCCUUAAAUUCCAAAGAGCAAGACCCACUUCGUCCCCUCGACCCCGCGGCACAAACAGCGGAGGAGAAAGUUGGCGAAAAAGUGUCUGAAAAUCAGGACGGUGGCGAAAGAGAAAUGCUCAUGGAAGCACAACCACUCAAAGAUGACCAGACUCCACCACCACCCACACCCGCCACCAAUUUCCCCAAAGGACCACGCCACCUCCGUUUGCGACGAUCUGUCUCCACGCCUCGCGACGUUAUAGGAGUUUCUGGCGCUUUCAAAGUCGUCUCCCAGGCCGACCUCAAUUUCGCUCUGAAUCCGACAUCCUCUCAAAAUUCGACCGAUUUUCGACCCCCAAAUACCAUCAUCCUUCGUGGAACUCGCAUGUCGUCAUCACCUUCGGGAAGGUCGACACCUCCAAUUUACGGCAUCUGCCUCCCACGCAUUGGCUUUGGCAUGGUCUUUUUCGGUCUUGGACUAGCAACUUUGGUCGCAAUUUUAAUCGCUGCUUUUCUCGCGUAUGCCCACUAUGCCGUGGUCCAUUAUAAGUCGUCCUUGUCCUCACAUGGAGGACAAUGUCCCGGAAUGGCGUCCCUUCCCCCAGGAGGAGUAGAACAACCACAAUACAUCCACCAGUUUCCUAUGCUAAUUCUGAAAAAGAUGUGGUGAAUGCGGAUGGAUCAUAAAGAAAAUUGCACACACUGCUGUUACAAAGAGGAAGAAAAAAUAGCUCAAUUUUUACGACAAAUUUUGGUUGUUGUUUGUUACGUUAUCAUUUUCGAUAAGCAAUGAUCAGAGUUUCAUACGUACAUACAUAUUUCAAGGGGUAUAAAUUUCACUAAUUAAUUAUACGACUAUUGAUUAAUUUAUAUAUUAAUUAUCAAUCUAAAUAAUUUUACUACUUAAUUGGAAAUUGUUUUCCGUAUUUAUUUUUCAGAGAUACAUAUAAAGUGCAUGGAUCGUUGAUCAAGUUUUCAUUUUCAUACGAAGGUAGAAAUAUGUAUGAGAGAUUUAUUUAAUUUCAAAUUCCAUGUAUUUUUUUUAUGAAUAAAGAUAAAAAAGUUUUACAAAGUAA